AUGAUCAUAUGCAUCAAUAUAUACUACAUAAAUGAUCAUUUGGACAAGAGGACAUGGACGUAUAUAUUCGGAGCCUGUUGUGCUAUUACCGUCUUCAUACCGUCUUUCCAUAACUACCGAAUUUGGUCGUUUCUCGGGCUCGGUAUGACCACCUACACUACAUGGUACCUAGCCAUCACAGCCUUGGUCCACGACAAGGUUGAAGGUAUGGGUCAUUCGGGUCCUACAAAGCUCGUGUUGUACUUCACUGGAGCCACAAACAUACUCUACACUUUCGGCGGACACGCAGUCACAGUUGAAAUAAUGCACGCGAUGUGGAAGCCGAGGAAAUUUAAAUACAUAUAUUUGUUUGCUACAUUGUAUGUAUUCACAUUAACUCUCCCAUCAGCUGCCGCAAUGUAUUGGGCCUUUGGUGACCAGCUUUUAAUUCCAACGCCUUUUCCCUUCUACCACGAACGCGGUUUCGUGAUGCAGCUGUUAUCCUCAUUCUAA